CGUCUAACCAACGUCUAAUAUGCGUUUACCCUUUUUGAUUUCUCUAGUGCGCGCAUGUCCUUCAUCGUACUUGCAUUACCUUGUGAAGCGCCGUUGUGAGAGAUGUGCAACUCGACUUAUUGGUCGUAAAAUCAAAACCAGGCUGCUCUCGAGCCUAGGCUUCAGGGCUGAUGGAAGAGUAGAACAACUUGCACGUAUCGCGUUCACUGUCAAUGCACUUGGUUGUGUAAACCGUGUUGAUAUCCAGGAAUAAACAGGUAUCACAUAAAACAGCCAGAACACCGGACAUAAUUGCAUCACAUCACAUCAGAACUCAGGUGGGAUAUAAUACCAUUAGCAGCUAGUAACGGCCACGUCGACACGAUAAAUAUGGCGAACCAUAUCGGAGAAACGAUCGAGAUGAUGACAACGUCGGAAGUGCAGUAA